AGAAGACACUGCUGCCCUCCCUCCUACAGGAAUUCUGGAACCGCAGAGUCAUGGAUGCUUUCAACAGAAAUACAGCAGGCUCUGGGCACAAGAUCCAAGCCAGAGUCCAGAAUGGGCCUCUGGAUUUAAUCGAGACGGGCAAAGGGCUGAAGGUGCAGACGGACAAGCCACACCUGGUGAGCCUGGGCAGUGGGCGCCUGAGCACCGCCAUCACCCUUCUGCCCUUGGAGGAAGGAAGGACAGUGAUUGGCUCUGCUGCCAAGGAUAUAUCACUACAGGGUCCUGGCCUCGCACCUGAGCACUGCUACAUUGAGAACCUACGAGGGACCCUCACCCUGUACCCCUGUGGCAAUGCCUGCACCAUCGAUGGGCUCCCCGUCCACCAGCCCACCCGCCUCACCCAGGGCUGCAUGUUGUGCCUGGGUCAAUCCACCUUCCUCCGAUUUAACCACCCAGCAGAAGCCAAGUGGAUGAAAAGCAUGAUCCCGUCCGGAGGUAGGGGUCCUGGAGCACCUUAUACCCCUGCCCUAGCUGAGUCAGAGAGCCUGGUGAAUGGGAACCACCCCCCUCAGCCCCCCAGCCGGGGUCAUGCUGCUUGCUCCAGCUCCCUGGUGAGCUCCAUUGAGAAGGACCUACAGGACAUCAUGGACUCCCUGGUGCUGGAGGAGCCGGGGGCAACUGGCAAGAAAGUCCCUGCAAGCUCCCCGCUCUCCAAUGGUGGGCGCUACACACUGUCACCACCUAUUAGCCCAGGGGCCAUGUCUGUGGGCUCCAGCUAUGAGAACACCUCUCCCCCCUUUUCUCCUCUUUCCUCACCGGCCAGUAGUGGCAGCUGUGCCAGCCACUCACCUGGAGGGCAGGAACCAAGCCCGGCCAUUCCCCCCCUGGUCCCUGCCCGCUCUUCAAGCUACCAUCUGGCCUUACAGCCCCCACAGAUCCGACCCGGUGCUGCCCGCCCAGUAGAGAGCCCCCGGCUGGGCAGGAAAGGGAUCCAUGAAGGGCCUUCAAGCCCAGGCCGGCGAGGUCUGCUGACUGAUAGUCCUGCUGCUACAGUGCUGGCAGAGGCCCGCAAAGCCACUGAGAACCCACGGCUGGGGGUGUCGGUGCCCGUUGUGGCCAUCAGCCUGAGUGAAUACCCUGAUGGCAGUGUACGAAGCCAGUCCACCAGCAUUCCUGGCAGUCCCAAGUUCCAGCCUCCCAUCCCUGCCCCCCGGAGCAAGGCCAGCACCCUCCAGGAGCGGCCACCUAGCCCUUUCCGGGAGCUGCCAGGCACUGAGCGAACAAUGAUGACCAGUCCUUCACGGCAGCUGGUGGGCAGAACCUUUUCAGAUGGGAUGGGGACCCGAUCCCUGCAGCCACCAGAGAGUCCUCGCCUGGGCCGGCGAGGAGGUCCGGAGAGCAUGCGGGAGCUCCCACCCCUGAGCCCAUCCCUGUCUCGGCGGGCCUCCCCACUGUCUCCUAUGCCUGCACGGGCCACUCCAGACGCUAAGCUUACCAGGGACAUAGCUGAGAGUCCCAGGAGCCGCCGCUGGGCAGCACACGCAGCCUCCUCUGAAGACUUCACCCUCACCCUGGGUGGGAGGGGCCGUCGGACGAGGAGCCCCUCACCCACCCUCGGAGAGCCAUUGGUGCCUCGAAAGGGCAGCUUCGGUGGUGGCUUGAGCCCAGCCUACAGUCUUGGCUCCUUAACGGGAGCCUCACCCCGACAGAGUCCUCGGGCCCAGAGGAAACUCUCAAGUGGGGAGCUCCGGGUGCCGGCUCCCCGGGAGAGAAAGAACAGCAUCACUGAAAUCAGUGACAAUGAAGAUGACCUGCUGGAGUACCACCGGCGCCAGAGGCAGGAGCGGCUCCGGGAGCAAGAGAUGGAGCGGCUGGAACGCCAGCGUCUAGAGACCAUCCUGAACUUGUGUGCUGAGUACAGCCGGGCCGAUGGGGGCUCUGAGGUAGGGGAGCUGCCCAGCAUCAGUGAGGCUGCCAUGGCCUUGGCCCUAGCAGGCAGAAGACCCUCCAGGAGCCUGCCUGGGGCAACCGGAACCUCUGGACGGGGCCCUGAGGAUCCCAGUGGGGCCACCCAGAGGCUCUGGGAGAGUGUGGAGCGCUCUGAUGAGGAGAAUCUGAAGGAGGAGUGUAGCAGUACUGAAAGCACCCAGCAAGAGCAUGAAGAUGCUCCGGGUUCCAAGCUCCAGGGCGAGGUGUUGGCCCUGGAGGAGGAGCGGGCAAAGGCACUUGGGCGUGUGGAGCAACUCAAGGGCAGAGUAAAGGAGCUGGAACACCAGCUGCAGGAAUCGGCAAGAGAGGCUGAGAUGGAACGGGCGCUGCUUCAGGGGGAACGGGAGGCAGAGCGGGCACUGCUACAGAAGGAGCAGAAAGCUGUGGACCAGGUGCAGGAGAAGCUGCUGGUGCUGGAGACAGGCAUGCAGAAGGAGAGGGACAAGGAGAGGGUGGAGCUGGCCGUGGGACGGAGUGAGCUGGAGGCCCGCCAGGCGCUGUAUGACGAGCUCAAGACACAGCUCGAUAACUGCCCCGAGUCUGUUCGGGAACAGUUACAGGAGCAGCUGAGAAGGGAAGCUGAGGCUCUGGAGACAGAGACGAAACUCUUUGAAGACCUGGAAUUCCAGCAGCUGGAGAAGGAAAGCCGCUUGGAGGAGGAGCGGGAGCUGGCUAGCCAGGGACUGCUCCACAGCAGAGCAGAGCUGCAUCGGAGCAUUGCCAAGAGAAAGGAGCGCCUAGCGGUGUUGGAAAACCAGGCGACUCAGAUCCGGGCCCAAGCUGUCCAGGAAUCAGAGCGAUUGGCCCGAGAGAAGAACUCUGCCCUGCAGCUGCUGCAGAAGGAGAAGGAGAAGUUGGCAGCCCUGGAGAGACGCUACCAUUCACUCACAGGAGGGAGGCCUUUCCCUAAGACAACAUCAGCACUCAAAGAGAUGGAGAAGCUGUUACUUCCUGCCCUAGACUUAGAGCAGUGGUACCAGGAGCUCAUGGCAGGGCUCGGGGAUGGCCCAUCUGCCUCCCCCCGCUCCUCCCCUCCACCUCUGCCCGCCAAAGCUUCCCGACAGCUGCAGGUUUACCGCUCCAAGAUGGAGAGUGAGGCUGGCAGCCCCCUGCCUCGUACCCGCAGUGGGCCCAUCCCUUCUUCCUCUGGGUCUUCAUCUUCUUCCUCUCAGCUCAGUGUUGCUACCCUGGGCCGAAGCCCCUCUCCUAAGAGUAUCCUCCUUACCCAGAAUGGCACAGGGAGCCUGCCCCGUAACCUGGCAGCCACACUGCAGGACAUUGAGACCAAGAGGCAGCUGGCCCUGCAACAGAAGGGGCAGCAGGUGAUCGAGGAGCAAAGGCGACGGCUGGCUGAACUCAAGCAGAAAGCAGCAGUGGAGGCCCAAUGCCAGUGGGAGGCCUUGCACGGGGCAGCCCUCUAUCCCCAAGCCCCCUCAGGCUAUCCCCCACUCAUGCACCACUCCAUCUUGCAUCACUUGCCGGCCAGUCGGGAUCGGACAGAGGAGGGGGAGCAUGCCUACGACACAUUGAGCCUGGAGAGUUCAGAUAGCAUGGAGACCAGCAUCUCCACAGGGGGCAACUCAGCGUGCUCCCCUGACAACAUGUCCAGUGCCAGUGGAAUGGACAUGGGGAAGAUUGAGGAGAUGGAGAAGAUGCUGAAGGAAGCCCAUGCUGAGAAGAGUCGACUCAUAGAAUCUCGGGAACGGGAGAUGGAACUUCGGCGGCAGGCGCUAGAGGAGGAGCGCAGGAGACGGGAGCAGGUGGAGAGACGGCUGCAGAGCGAGAGCGCCCGGAGGCAGCAGCUGGUGGAGAAGGAGGUCAAGAUGCGCGAAAAGCACUUCUCCCAGGCACGGCCCCUAACCCGAUACCUGCCCAUCCGCAAGGAGGAUUUUGACCUGAAGACGCACAUUGAAUCAUCAGGCCAUGGAGUGGACACCUGCUUACAUGUCGUGCUCAGCAGCAAGGUCUGCCGGGGCUAUCUGGUCAAGAUGGGUGGCAAGAUAAAGUCGUGGAAGAAGCGCUGGUUUGUCUUUGACCGGCUCAAGCGCACCCUGUCUUACUACGCUGACAAACAUGAAACUAAGCUCAAGGGUGUGAUCUAUUUCCAGGCCAUUGAGGAAGUGUACUAUGACCACCUUCGAAGUGCUGCCAAGAGUCCUAACCCAGCCCUAACCUUCUGUGUCAAGACACAUGACCGGUUGUACUAUAUGGUAGCACCGUCCCCUGAGGCUAUGCGCAUCUGGAUGGAUGUCAUUGUCACUGGGGCUGAGGGGUACACCCAAUUCAUGAACUGACCUGGAAGUGAUGGGGCCACCCCUUGUGUUCCUCUCCACAAAGGAGGAGUCACACCCAGCCAUCUGCCCCUCUCCUACCCCACCCCCACUGCUCCUGGGGGCCGUCAGCCUCAGUGUUCCUAGGGGAGCAUCUUUCCUGAGGCUUGGAACUUACUCUACCAGGAUAUUUCCUAGAAAUCCCCUGGGAGGGGAGAGCCUGAUUUUGAUGGUUUUUAUAAGAAAGACACUUUGUUGACAUCCAAGAAACUUCUUACUCCUUCGAGAUGCCAGGCUCUGGGCUUCCUGGGAGCUGGCCAGAAAGGGAAGCAGGGAUGUGGGUGUAUGUCCUUCUUGGGUCUCGGCACCUGGCAUAGCCCUUCAGGACAUGAUCAGGGCCGAGGGCCACGGAAAUGUGCCUGUGCUGGCUGGUGUCUGGGACAGAGGAGGCUCUCAGCUCAGCUCGGAUAAGGCUCCUAUGUCUCCCUGGCCCCUUUUCUCUUUUGGAAAGGAUAUGCUUAAGGUACCAGAAUCUGCCAAAGAUCCCCUCUUCAUCUCAGCCCCCUUCCCAGGGGCCCUGAGGGCUGAGCACAGGCCACAUCCUGGAGGAGGUAAAAGGGGGGGAGCUCUAGUUCCCAAGACCCCUUGAUCUCUCUCCUCCUUCCCCUCCCCCCCGUUUAUUUUAUAUGAUUUUGCUCGUGACAGAGGAAGUGGUACCAUUACUGUGGUCACAGCCCAACCUCCAGUGAUCUAGAGCCAUAGUUAUGUCCCCCUACCCCAUCCCCACCAUUGCUCUCUCUUCAUUCCCCUGUGGCUCUAGGCACCUCUCGUGGGCCAUACCCCUGAGUCUUCCCAAGGCUACUUGCUCAAGAUUUCUUACCCUAAGGCCCUUGAACAUCUUACAUUGGGGAGAGGGGACCUGACCACCCAUCCCCUUCCUCCCACCCCAUUCUCUUACCACCAGGCCCCAAUGCACUAGCCCUACCUGGCCCUAGGUCUGGGCCCCUUUACCCUCCACUCGUGCCUUGACUGGAGCCAGAGGUUGCUAGGAUCUGGGGGUACGGAGACCCAAAAAAGAGCCACAGGGUCUGGGUGAGUGAUGGAGCAUGUCCUGAGCCAUAUCUUUGGCCCAGGAAGGGUUUCUUUAGAUUUUUUUCCAGGGAGGAGAAGAACUCACCCCCACUUCCAGGAAGGAAUAGUACUACCAAGGUGGAAAGAACCAGCGAGGGGGAUGAAAUGUGCACCCCCUGCCAGCUGUCUGUGUCCUGCCCCCUCGUGGCCUCAGGAAUGUGGCAGGGAAGACCAGGCUCCCACCCAUGCUGGUUCCAGCCCUUUAGGCCUUAACACUAAUUCCUCUUCUCCUGUCCAGACCUCCUUCCCUUCCUGCCUUUAUGCCCCAUUUGCCAGAGGCCUGAGUUGCCUGGGUCCAGGCUGGGGUGGAUUGUUGUUGGUUUUUUUCCCAGUAUUUGUAAGCAGUUCAGCAAAAACAAUAAAGCAUUUGAAAUAAUCA